GGCUAUUGAUCAGACAUGAGCCAGCUCAUCAGCUGUACGGACUCUUCCUAUGGACGCCCGUGGCUCCUCUUUGUAAACAAUGCUUCUGAUUAUUUCAGAUGAACGGUUGGAAGUUGAAAUAUGAUUUGCCUGUUGACGGUAGCCCUGCUCGUCGUCGCCUCGGCACGUCCCGUCACCUCUCAGCAGACGUACACCGUGGAAUGUUCGACGUUGCGUAUGGGCCAGUACAUCUGCCCCGAUCCCGAUUACGAUCUCAUCGACCCUAAAACUCAACAACCUCGAGGUUGCACUACGGAAAACAAAGCCAAAGUCACUUGUAGAGCAGCUGAUGGAAUAAAUUGUAACGAGACGAAUAACUCGACAUUCAAAAAAGAUAUACCCUGUAAAUGGACAAAUGGACACUCGUUUGAAACAGCCCUACUUUUAUCCAUUUUCCUUGGAAUGUUUGGAGUCGAUAGAUUCUACCUCGGAUAUCCUGCUAUCGGUUUGCUGAAAUUUUGCACUCUCGGUUUUAUGUUUUUGGGACAACUCGUCGACGUUAUUCUUAUAGCAACUCAAGUAGUCGGACCUGCUGAUGGAUCUCAUUAUAUAAUUCCCUAUUACGGUUCUAAUAUUAAUAUUAUAAAAAGUGAUAAUUGGACUUACAGAUUGCCACAAAGUGAUUGGGCUUAAUGUACAUUUAAAAAAGGUUCGUGUUUGUUGUUAUUAACUGAUUGUUUUUAUAAAUAAUAUAUUAGAUUUGUAAUUGUUAAUGAUGACAUGUAACUUAUUAAUAAAGUUGCAAGAGCUCAGUGUUUGUA